UUAACAAGAGAAUACUCGUGUACGUAUGAAAAUGGUUACACUUUUCGCUGAAGCCUUUUUCAGUCUUGUUUCAUUUGCUCAAAUAAAAUUUCAUUCUAAAAAUGAAACUUCGUCUUUGUUCAUUUGAGUUGAGUUAGAUUUUUCAAGCGGAUGAAUUUAUCGGGCACGUUGUUACAAAACUCGAUUAUUUCGUUUUGUACUCAUCCAAUAUUCGUCCAUUAUUAGACGCCCGCGCACAUGUAGGCAGCAAACAUGAAGAAAAGACCUUUCGUAUUAAGAACUAUUAUGUAAUACAAUAUUUGUUGGUCCUUAUUUGUCUUGUCGUGAGACAAAGCAGCAUCGAUAUCUUAGCUUUCUGCUGUUAAAUGGUUUUCGUUUCGAGUUCAGACUGAUAAUCGUUCAUAACAACGAUCUCGAGUGUUCCGUCAAAAGUAAGACAAUUUUCUAUAUAGCUAUGUUCACGAAGUAAAUCAUUAGUGAAUGUUUAAUAUUUCUUGGUGGAAGAAUAAAUUUAACACGAAUGAUAAUAUGGAAGGAAAUCAAGCGCGUUUGGAGAAAUUGAAAGAGUACAAUAAAAUAUUGGCCGACUUGAAAAUUGUUUUCUGGAAAAAAUGGGAAGAGAAGAAGGAACAAAAUGGGAAACUCGAUGAUUUUGAGCGGAUUCGAACCAUCGGUACCGGUGCUUUUGGACGUGUCAUGUUAGUUAAACACAAAGUCACUUCUAUUUUCUAUGCCAUGAAAAUACUUCAGAAAGCUAGAAUAGUGAAGAUGAAGCAAGUCCAGCAUACAUAUAAUGAGAAGAAAAUAUUGCAAUGCAUUCAAUUUCCUUUCCUCGUUUUUAUGGAGUUUUUCUUCCAGGAUAAUACCUAUCUUUACAUGGUGUUGCCUUACGUUAGCGGUGGUGAAAUGUUUACGCAUCUUAGACGAAUGGGAAAAUUCGAUGAAUCCUUGGCACGAUUUUACGCAGCCCAAGUUGCUCUGGCUUUGGAGUAUCUUCAUCAAUGUAGCCUAGUAUAUCGUGAUUUGAAGCCGGAAAAUAUAUUGAUCCAAAAUACGGGUUAUAUUCGUGUCACCGAUUUUGGCUUUUGUAAGAUGAUAGAAGGUAGAACAUGGACGCUAUGUGGUACACCGGAUUACCUCGCACCAGAAGUGAUCCUUUCAAAGGGUUACAGUCAAGCCGUCGAUUGGUGGAGUUUCGGUGUGCUGUUAUACGAAAUGAAUGCCGGGUAUCCCCCUUUCUAUGCAAACGAACCGAUGAAGAUUUACGAAAAGAUUAUCUCUGGUAAAUAUAAGUAUGCUCAACACUUUAGUGAGGAUCUGAGAGACAUUGUAAAGAACAUGCUGCAGGUAGACCUAUCCAAAAGAUAUGGAAACUUAAAAAAUGGAACGAAGGACAUAAAGAUGCAUCGAUGGUUUCAGACAAUUGAUUGGAAUCAAAUUUAUUAUCAGAAAAUACAACCAUCGUUCAUACCAAAAUGUGAUCAUCCUGGUGACACGAGUAAUUUCAAUGUUUACAACGAAGAGGCUAUGAAGAUCGACAUCGUCGAUCAUUAUGCUGAAGAAUUCGCGAACUUUUGACAAUCGUUAAUUCUAUAUUUGGGUAUUGAUUGUUUUACAGUAUUUAUCUGUUACAUUGAUAUACUUUUAUGAUUCUACGUAACCACGAAGAUAAAAAAGAAAAACAAAGAAAAGAAAUAUAAGAUUAGAAUCAUUCGUGA